ACAACCUGUCGUGUUCGAAUCAUGCAUUUAUGGUUGCUUUACUACUUCUAGUGACUGGCGACUUCGACGAGCUCUUACCGUCAAAAAAAUUCUAGGGUUUUCUUCUGAUUGGAAAAUUUUCCCGAAAUUAUUGUGAAAUUGGGUUCUUCUUCUCUGCUUAGAAGCUAUAUUCUGGGUCUAAAAUUCGUUCUUUGCUUCAAAUUUCAGGAUCGGGUAGAGUUAUAUAGCCUGCUUAAGCUGAAUAUGACGAGGAAGCAGAAGAAGAAGUCUGCCUGGGCUAAGACAAUUCUGACCAAGGAAAUAAUUGAGAUCGAGUCUGAUACAGACGACACAGAUGGUGUUGGUGCUAGAAGAAAGUUGGAUUUUUGUGGUGAAGAGAAUGCCAUGUCUUCGUUGAACAAGGAAAUCAAGACUGAGUCAAACAUAGAUGAAGUUUGUGGUAGAAUGCUGGAUCUUUGCGUUGAAAGGAACGCUUCAAGGGAUGAUGCUUUAGCUAAGAACCCCAAGACAUCUGCUGUGGCUAAGAAGACCAUUGUGGACAAGGAAAUUAUUGAGAUUGAUUCUGACACGGACACUGAUGAAGUUGGUGCUACAAAGUUGCCUUUUUGUAAUGAAGAGAAUGCAUCAGGGGAUAAUACUUUAGCUAAGAACCCGAACAAGUCUGUGGUGGCUAAGACCACUGUGAAGAAGGAAAUAAAGACCGAGUCAAACAUAGAUGAAGUUUGUGGUAGAAUGCUGCCUCUUGGUGAAGUGAUUGCAUCAGGGGAUGGUUCUUUAGCUAAGAAGUCUGUGGUGGCUAAGACCAUUGUGAAGCAGGAAAUAAUUGAGAUCGAGUCAGACACAGACACCGAUGAAGUUGGUGGUAGAAUGCUGGCGCGUUGUGGUGUCGAGAAUGCAUCAGGGGAUGAUGCUUUAGCUGCGAACCCAGAGAAGUCUGUGGUGGCUAAGACCAUUGUGAAGAAGGAAAUCAUUGAGAUUGAGUCAGACACAGACACAGAUGAAGUUGGUGGUAGAAUGCCGGCUCUUUUUCGUGCCGAGAAUGCAUCAGGGGAUGAUGUUUUAGCUAAAAACUCGAACAUGUCUGCGGUGGCUGAGACAAUUGUGAAGAAGGAAAUAGUUGAGAUUGAGUCUGCCACAGACACAGAUGAAGUUGGUGGUAGAAUGCUGGCUCUUUGUGGUGAAGUGAAUGCAUCAGGGGAUGAUGUUUUAGCUAAGAACUCGAAGAAUUCUGCGGUGGCUAAGUCAAUUGUGAAGAAGGAAAUAAUUGAGAUUGAGUCAGCCACAGACACAGACACAGAUGAAGUUGAUGGUAGAAUGCUGGCUCUUUGUGGUAAAGUGAAUGCAUCAGGGGAUGAUCUUUUAGCUAAAGAUGGCAAAACCAACAGAACCAACAUGCAGCUUGUUUGUGUUGAUGAUUGCGAUUCUGGUUUGGUUCAUGAUUUGGAAUAUAAAAAGUAUUUGUCACAUUUUAGUGAAAUCGGGAAUCUAUAUUUGCUUGAGGACAAUGUAAGGGGUAGUUCGCCGGUGCGCAUUAUGUACAAUGUCGAUCAUGAAGAAUCUGAUAGGAGUAAAGGAAAAGCAGUAAAAACUGAGAAGAGUAGAGCAGGGAGAAAGGCAAAGUCUCCUACGAUUUCCACUGUAUCCAAGAGGUUGAAGACUGAGAAUGGUAGAGUAGAUCAUAAGUCGAUUUCGAGGACUGUCUUAAGGACCAAAGAAACCCAGCAAAAGAAAGGAGAUGCUCGACGUGGAAGAAAGAGUUAUGUGGCCAAGAACUCUAUCGAACUAAAGCCUAGAACUUCAAAGAGACUGAAGACUGAGAUUGGGAGAGCAGAUCAUAACUCGAUUUCAAAGACUAUUCCUGUGUUGGUUAACACCAAAGAUAUCCAACGAAAAGAACGAGAGGCUUUGCUGGGUAGGAAGAUUCCUGUGACCAAGCACAAUAAUGAAUCGAAAUCUAGAGGUAAUGUCAAAGACAACUUAUUUCACAGUUGCAAACCUGCCAAGCAGGAGAAUAAAGAGAGCCUAUCGUCAAUGGAUAAAACCUAUUCAUAUUACCUAGCUUAUCUAAGAGAUUCCAUUACCAUCUUCAAAUCGGAUCGACAAGUGAAACCUAUGAAAGAUGAAGUGUGUUUGUCCGAUCCUGAUAUUAUUGCAAUCAGUGAUCACCCCUUUCCGGAUGGAGGCAAAUCGCCAUUCGAGGCAACUAAUGACGGCAAAGUGAUAGAUCUUGAAGAUGGUAUUGAACCUGAUGAUAUAUUCAACUCUUCGUUUAGCAAGAAGCUAAUGGAAAUUCUCAGAAAUCCCUAUGAUGAAAAGGAGUUCUUGAGACUCUAUAAUGAGGCAUCACUCAAGAGACCGUUGACUAAGUCUAGGCAAUUACGAGAUGGAAGAGAGAUUGAAUAUAAUGAUCAACACAAGUUGGCACUUUCAUAUCUCGAAAAGUAUACAGAUUUCAACAAGAAGUAUCAUCGUUAUCGGGAGGAUCUUCCUAGAGCUUUGAACCUGUUGCGCGGGUUUUUCUUUUAUUUAGAGAACAUAGUUCUUGAAGGUGCAUUCAAACCCUGGCUGCAUGAAAAACGUUUGACAAAUUUGUCUUGAUGCUAGAGGGUGCAAAGAUAUUGUAGGCAACAAGUAACGCGGCACCACACUGCUCUUAAAGUGUAGAUCUCAAGAAUCUACAAUAAAGUCUUGAAUGUGAA